AUGGUCGCACCAGGCAAAACCGACCGGUUGGCGGAAAUCCAGGCGCUCGCCAAAACGUCACCUAAAGAAGCCAUCGCGGCCUACGAGAACGUCCUAACCACGACAACAGGCAACACAGACCAGGAGAUUCAAGUACGAGAGACAGCACUUGUCAAAUUGGGCGAACUGUACAAAGACACAAAAGCCGCCGAAAAGCUAGCGCAGCUCAUCCGCGGGUCGCCAUCAUACCUCUCCAACACGUCCAAGGCCAAAACGGCCAAGAUCAUCCGGACGCUACUCGAUGUUUUCGCAGAGAUCCCGGACUCGCUCCCGCUACAGGUUGCGGUGUGCCGGGAAUCGAUCAAAUGGGCCGAGACAGAGAAGCGAAUCUUCCUGCGCCAGAACCUCGAAAUCAAACUCGCGACGCUGUACUACGAGAAUGGGCAACAUGCCGAUGCGUUGGCGUUAACUGCGGCGCUGCUGAAGGAGUUGAAGCGGUUGGAUGAUAAGAAUGUAUUGAUGGAGGUGCAGCUGCUGGAGUCGAAAGCGCACCAUUCGUUGAACUCGUUGCCUAAAUCGCGCGCGGCCUUGACGUCGGCGAGAACGUCGGCAAACUCGAUAUAUUGCCCGCCGUUGAUGCAGGCGGCUUUGGAUAUGCAGUCUGGGAUUCUGCAUGCGGAGGAGAAGGAUUUCAAGACUGCAUACUCCUACUUCUACGAAACUCUCGAAAUCUUUUCUGGACAAGACGAUAAAAGGGCAAUUCAAGCGUUGAAGUACAUGUUACUGUGCAAAAUCAUGCUGAAUUUGUCGGCGGACGUCAACGCGAUCGUGAACAGCAAAUUAGCUCUGAAAUACGCCGGUCCAGAGGUAGAAGCCAUGCGCGCCAUCGCAUCUGCACAUCAAAACCGAUCUCUCCUCGAAUUCGAGCAAUGUUGGACAAAGUACAAGAAUGAACUUUCCAACGACCCCAUCAUCCGCCACCACCUAGAAGCCCUGAACGACACCCUCUUCGAACAGAACCUGUUGCGUAUCAUCGAACCUUUCUCGAGGGUGGAGAUUGCACACAUCGCACAGUUGGUUCAGCAGCCAAGUCCUAUCGUCGAAGCAAAACUGUCGCAAAUGAUCCUGGACAAAGUCUUUUCCGGAAUUUUGGACCAGGGCGCUGGAUGUUUGGAGGUUUUUGAGGAUACCGAGGCAGAUAAAACCUUCGAAGCAACGCUGGAGACCAUCAAGAACAUGGGCACCGUCGUGGAGUCACUCUACGAGAAGGUAUGUACCGAUGCUUUAGUCUUACCUGUCCGACCGUACCGUCGCAUGAGCUCGCUGACUCCCCAUCUCUUUCCCUCACAGGCCGCACAGCUGACGUAA